CUGCAGGCAUCUGAUUGACUCUGAAGCCACACAGACAGAUGAGAGGAGCAGCUAUGAGUUUACCUGCAGCAGCGAGUGGAUUAGUCGUCCUUCUCCUCACUGUACCAGUGAUACAGGGUCAGGAUGACUGGGGAGUGACUUACAGCUCUACUGAGAUCUGUGCCUUCAAAGGAUCAACAGUGGACAUGAGCUGCACCUACAGAUACCCAUCUACUGUACAGAGAGUUGAGAAUAGAUUCUGGUUCACAAAAGUGAGUAAUGGUGUUUUUACGGAUCUGAGAACAGACCCAGAGUAUUCAGGUCGCGUGCAGCAUAUCUGUGGUAACAACGACUGCAGACUGAGAAUCAGAGACCUGAGAGAGAGCGACUCAGCUGAGUACAAGUUCAGAUUCAUUACAGACCAAGAAGGUGGGAGAUAUACUGGUGAACCUGGAGUCACUUUGACUGUCACAUAUCUCCAGGUGAAGGUGAGCGGAUCCUCACAUUCUAGCUGGAGAGAGCUGAAGUGUCACAGCAGUUGUCGUCUACCUGAUCGUUCUUCCUACAUCUGGUACAGAAAUGGACAGAAAAUUCCAUCACAAACAUCUUCUACUUAUUCAAACUACUUUAAUUAUGCAGACAGUUUUUCCUGUGCUGUUGAAGGACAUGAGGAUUUCCCCUCUCCUCCAGUGUGUGUCUAUGAUCGACCCUGCUACAGAGUGAUUUACACUGACAGAAGCAUCUGUGCCUCCAAAGGAUCAUCAGUGGACAUUUCUUGUACUUACAGCAGUUACGACACCAUCAGGUCUAAAUUCUGGUUCAGUCCUGAACGUUCUCAUCAGUGGCAGAGUCCUUCACAGCCUGAGGACCUUAGUGACUCCCAGUUUGCAGGUCGUGUUCAGGUCCUUGAAUCAGAGAGAGGACGCUCCACUCUGAGAAUCACUGACCUGACAGAGAGUGAUUCAGCUCAGUAUCACUUUACAUUCAAAACAGGAUGGUCUGAGUGGAGGAGUAGUUUACCUGGUACAACUCUGACUGUCACAGCUCUGCAGGUGCAGGUGACCAGAAUAACAGUCCACCAGUCUGAUACUGAGGCAGAGCUGAAGUGUCACAGCAGCUGCAGUCCAGCUGCUCGUCUUUCCUACGUCUGGUUCAAGAACGGACAGAAAGUCACAGGGGUGGAGACAUCUUCUUUUAAAGGCCGGGUUUAUCCUGGAGACAUCAUCUCUUGUGCUUUGAAAGGACAUGAGAACUACGGCUCUCCUCCAGUCUAUGGUCCAAGACUUCCCUCUGUGUCAGUGAGUCCCUCUGCUGAGAUAGUGGAGGGCAGUUCAGUGACUCUGACCUGUAGCAGUGAUGCUAACCCAGCAGCUAAUUACACCUGGUACAAGAAGAAUGGAGAUCCAGACCUUCAACCUCUCAGUAAAGAUCCACAGCUUGUCUUCAGCUCCAUCCAGUCCUCUGACUCUGGAGAGUAUUACUGUACAGCUGAGAACCAGCUGGGGAGGAGGACGUCUGAAUACGUCUAUGUUAAUGUGAAAUAUGCUCCAAGACUUCCCUCUGUGUCAGUGAGUCCCUCUGCUGAGAUAGUGGAGGGCAGUUCAGUGACUCUGACCUGUAGCAGUGAUGCUAACCCAGCAGCUAAUUACACCUGGUACAGGGAGAACUACAAGCUGCUUCAAAGUCCAGAAGGAAGUUAUUAUCUCACCUCCAUCAGCUCUGAGGACAGAGGGAACUACUCCUGCAAAGCUCAGAACCAACAUGGACAGACCUCUUCAUCUGUGUUCAUAGAUGUUCAGUAUGCUCCAAGACUUCCCUCUGUGUCAGUGAGUCCCUCUGCUGAGAUAGUAGAGGGCAGUUCAGUGACUCUGACCUGUAGCAGUGAUGCUAACCCAGCAGCUAAUUACACCUGGUACAAGGAGAACCAAACACUGAUUCAAGGACCAGAAGGCUUCUAUCAUUUCUCCUCCAUCAGCUCUGAGGACAGAGGGAACUACUCCUGCAAGUCUGAGAAUCAGUAUGGAGAGAUCAUGUCCUCGUCUGUAUCAGUCGAUGUCCAGUAUGGUCCAAGACUUCCCUCUGUGUCAGUGAGUCCCUCUGCUGAGAUAGUGGAGGGCAGUUCAGUGACUCUGACCUGUAGCAGUGAUGCUAACCCAGCAGCUAGUUACACCUGGUACAAGGAGAAUGAAGACUCACCAAAAGCAUCAGAACAGAUCUUCACCAUCACUGACAUCAGAGCUGAACACAGUGGGAAUUAUUCCUGUGAAGUCCAGAACAGAAGAGGACGUCAUAACUCCACCUUACAGCUAACAGUUUCACCACGAUUAUGGAAAUCAGCAGUCAUUAAAACAACACCUGUUGUUAUCCUGGCUAUCAUCGGGCUCGCUCUCUUCGUCCUGAUAAGAAAAUCCAGGGCUGCAAAGCAAUCACCUCAGCGUGGAGAUGAACCAGACAACAGGACACAGGAGCAGGAUGACCUCCAGUAUGCCAGUGUCCUCUUCUCUACGAGCCAGACAGAUCCUGUGUACUCCAACAUCAGACCAGCCGGACACCACAGACACGAGGAGGGAGAAGAAGAAGAAGGAGUCGAGUACGCCGCUGUCAGAUUUACCAGAGCAGGUGCUGCCCCGAGAAGCAGAGGUCCAGAGACUGUGGAGGAUCCAUCUGGCCUGUACAGUACAGUCAACAAACAAAACCGUUGAAGGCAACAGGAAUCUCUCGACUUCCCGUUUCUUCAUUUUUCAUUCCCACCCAUGCUAACAGUAUCACUCUCAAGAUGGCAACGCUAGUCGUUUGGUUGGACCACGACUGUCUAGACUUUCCAGACUGAAACAGCUCAACAUCUACUCGAUGGAUUUCUAUGAAAAGAUUUUCUAGUGACAUUAACGGUCAGGAUAGAAACUAUAGAUCCCCGGACUUUAGCUCUUUUUGUGUUUUUGCAACAUGUAUUAACAACUAUUGGAUGGAUUUGCAUGAGGUGAUUUAAUUCUAUUGUAUUUUACUGAUAGAAAAAUCUCCUCAAAGAUCCAGUCAAGUACAAAGUGCUAUUUUUCUGUACAUACUGUUUCUUUUCACUGAAUUGCUUUUUUUCUCUUUUUUACCAGUUUUAGUAUCACAAUUGGUUUUAUUUCCAGUUAUUUAUACCACAUUACUAUCACAGCUAAUUAUAAGUAUUUGUCUUAAUUUUCAUACCCAUCACUGUUCUCCAUCCCUUCUGUUCUGUAUUGCAUUUGUUUCUACUUUUCCUUGUUCUGUUCUGUAUUAUUUGUUAAAUGUAUAUUUUUUGAUUAUACAUUAAAUAUUGAUCAGAAGUCUUUUGACUGCUUCUCAGUGUCAGUUGGGUGAAACGCUCCCCUGCCAAUAAUUAUACCAAGUCCUGCAGGGUUAAUGUAGAUACACGUUACAGGCAUAGAAGGAAGGAAGACAACAAAUCCAGCUGCUGCUGCUGUUAAACUCAUUUCUGCUUCUCUCAUCUCUGUGUGGCUUCAGCAGAAAUGAAAUACAUCCAAAAGUCAUUUGCUCUAGAUAUCGUUGAAUCAAACACUUUUUCUGAUGUUGUAGAAAGAAGUUGUCUUGAACAGAAACGUUCCCCGUGUGGUCAAGACUGUGAGCAGCUGGUUAUGAUGCAGAUUUCCUUCCUCUGCAUUUUGAAUCAGAUGCCAAAAAUGGCUUGUUUGUUGCUCUGCAGACUUCAUGAUGUGGAGUGAGAGACCAGUUGUGUGGCCUGCUGGUACCAAACUGGUUUCAUCCGCACGACAACACCUCACUAACACUAUCAAAAGAGAAGAUUAUUUUCAUGCUGUUGGGACCCACAGAGGGAGUUGUUUGUUGUGGAAUUCAAAAUGGACUCUGACCAGAACUACUUACUCUCCCUCAGGUGUUGUGUCUGUGUCUCUCCUGCUGUUUCUCAUGGAGCUCUGCUCUGUUUGAAAGGAGAAGUGUCUGUAUGUAUAAACACGUCGCCUCUGAGAUGUAGAAUGUGUUCUAUAGCAGAGAAACACACAUUUCAGGACAGAACAGACGUGUCCUGUGAUUUUCAGCCUCCUUUUAUAGAGGUGGAGGGGGAACAAUACCUGAGAGUAAUAUUCUCAGCUGUCAGGAUGUGCAGCAUGGUGCAGUUCCAGGGCUGAUAUUAAUCUAAUCUUAUUCUUGUGUUCAUAGGUUUGAAAAAAUAAAAUUGUAAAAUUGAUCAAAUAUGCACAUACAUCAUAUCAUUGACUAACAACCCUCUUCAGUUUACUGUGUCUACAGAUAUGAAGAAUACAUUCAUACAAACUUCUUGUGACUUGCUUGACCUUAGCCAUGACAUGACUUACUUGAUUUUGAUCGCAGUAACUUGCCUGAGACUUGAAGGUUAAGACUUGAGACUUGCUUAUGACUUGCACACGUGUAACUUUGUGACGCCAAACUUGCCAGCUAACUCCACAAUCUGAGGAACACAAAGUAAAUUAGCACUAAGCUGCUAUCCUUGCAAAGGAAAGAAGUGAUAAUUUUCCUUCCUCCUUUUCUUUCCUUCUCUUUCAUCAGACUUUGCACAGCAAGAUGAUGAUGAUGGGUUGUAACUCACUAAACUUUGAACAUAACUAUUUGUCUGUUUCACCACGGAGAGGAAGAGUGCGGUCAUAGUCUCUUUCCCCU